AUGGAUUUCAUUGCCGGGGCCAUCGGAGGUGGUCUAAGCACAGCUGUGGGUUAUCCACUGGACACAGUGAAGGUGAGAAUUCAGACUGAGAAGCAUUACAAAGGGUUUUGGCACUGCGUUCAGGAAACAUAUAGGACAGAAAAGGUUUGGGGAUUUUACAAAGGCGUGUCUGCAUCAGUCCUUGCUGUAUCAGUGGUUUCUUCUGUUUCCUUUGGCACAUACAAAAACUUCCUCUGUACCAUCUGCAAGCUGCGAUAUGGGGCUGCAGAUGCAAAGCCAUCCAAGCUGGAUGUUUCCCUUGCUGGAGGUGCUGCUGGUGCUGUCCGGGUUGUGUUGACAAACCCCAGCGAAGUGGCUAAAGUUCGGAUGCAGACUCAGAGGAACCCACAUCCUUCCACCACAUCUCAGCCUGUUUCCAAGCCAAAGUACCUAGGCUCUCUGCACUGCCUGAAGGUGAUCACCAAGGAGGAAGGUUUUGCAGGUCUCUACAAGGGCUGCUCUGCAUUACUCUGCAGGGAUUGCUCUGCUUCUGCAGUAUAUUUCCUUUCCUAUACUUCUCUGUGUGACUGGCUCACACCAGCUGAGAGAAGCAAACCAAGUUUCCUUGUUGUGCUGCUUUCUGGUGGUUUUGCUGGAGUCCUGGCCUGGGGCUUAGGAACUCCCAUGGAUGUCCUCAAAUCACGGAUGCAAAUAGCUGAAUCGGACCAGCACAAGUACAAAGGCCUCAUCCACUGUGCCAGGGAAAGUGUGAGAAAGGAGGGGCCAAAAGUGCUUUUCAAAGGACUGGGUUUAAACUGUGCUCGUGCCUUUCCUGUCAACAUGGUGGUGUUUGUUACCUAUGAAGCUGUUCUGAGGUUUGCAGAUCAUUACACAAACAAAAAAUAG